AUACAGAAAAUUUCUCUUAUACCCUCAGUCAAAGUCACCACCACACAAACUUCUCUUUCUUCUUUCACGACAAAGACUCAUGACCGCACCGUCCGCACGCUGAACGCUUCAUCGACCACCACCACCGACGAACCGCACACUUAACGCACCACCACCACCACCACCACCGGCGGACCGCGUACGCACGACCACCACCACGACGAACUGCCUCGACAGAAUCAGAUCCGUUCUAAAGUUCCUGGAUUUGCAACUGGUUGUGCAACCUCAAUCUCAAUGGCUGACUCCAGUCCAACUGCAUCUACUUCUAAUGGCACCCCCACAUAUUCUUGUUUCCAACGAACGGUUACUCUAUACGAUUGGUGGCUUGUUAAAUCUCAAAAAGACUUCCAAGGGAAGUGUGUAGCCAUCUCUGGCAUCUCUUCCAGAAAGGAAGAAGCGGUCCGUAUAUUCAAUUCUGCUCCUAUUAUCAAAAGAUAUGAUGAGUUUUCCCUUGAGACUGCCGAUGGUAUAUAUGUUCUCAUCAGGGGUUUCAUCCACAAGCAACACACGCUGGAUAAUGGUUUUACUUCCGAGAUUUUCAAGAGUUUUUUAUUCGGCUUUCCUCAAAACUGGGAAAGUUGUGCUCUAGGUUGCUUCAGAGAAGAAGCAGAAGUUGGUGCUUAUUCGGUCAAUGUUGUUAUGGAUAAUGUAUCUGCAGGUUUUGAAGAAAUCUCGGCUGACGGUGAGGAAAAAUCCAUUCCUACUUCGUUGAUAUUGCCUGAAGAGGCCCCAGAAAAUUGCAAGACACCAUUCCUUGGAGAUGGAUGCAAAGUCUCAAAGGGGUUGAGUGGGAUAGAUGUUGCUUGUGGUAGGGGUGGAAAUAGGCGUAGUAGCAGGUUGCAUAAUAUUAAUGCGUAUCAGCGGAAGAAGCAUAAGAAGCAGCAUGCAUCUAGAAGUCCUCUCAAGUGUCCCGAUGAAGAACCGAGCUAUACCUCCAAGGCCGUGGAAAAUUGUAAUUCGGAUACUGCUGUGCUUGAUAAUGUAUCAGCAAAUCUUCUAGAAAUCCCAUCUGAUGCCGUGGAAAAUUCUUUCCCUACGUCUUUGGUAACCCCGGAAAAGGCCAUGGAAGAUUGCAAUAAGUUAUUCCUUGAAGAUGAACACGAUAUGUCAAUUAAGACGGGUGAGGUCAAUGUUGUUCAUGGUAGUGGUGUGAAUAGACGUAGUGCCCGGUUGCAUAAUGUUAAACUCUACCAGAAGAAGCAACCUGCUAUUGGAGGUCCUGCAACACAUCCUGAUAAAGACCAGACCUCUGCCUCAGCUGCUUUGGAGAAGAGUGAUGGAAGGUCGGAAACUCUAUCAACACCCGUUCAAUCACAAAAGGGAAUAGUAAACACAUUAUCUGGGCAGGUCUCUAAUAAAUCCAGAUCCAGAAUUUCCAAAACUCCUUCAGCAAAAACUGAAGGAUGUUAUAAGAAAAAAAGGGUGACGGUUGAAAGAGAAGCUGUCCGGCCUAAGAGAAAAAUUAUUAAAUCCGCAUCUUCUGUAAAAUCUCCACAAGGAAGUGAUGUUAGUCCACUGAACAAGGGAAGUAAACAGAGAUUAUCCACAAUGUCUCCGGAGUCCUUGAGUCUCAAAAAAUCUAGAUCUGGUAGGUUACUUAUACCUCCCUUGGAGUUUUGGCGCAAUCAAAUACCUAUUUUUAAUAGGGACCAUGAAAUUACUGGAAUUCAGGAAGGCUCGUCUUUGAUAUCACCUUUUAGAGGCAUUUCACCAUCAUUGGGCAGGCCAACUAACCUAAAUAGUUCUCACUAACAAACACCCAAUUGAGGUUCCGGAGAAGGAUAGGAUUAGCCCAAGUUAUUCAGAAUAUUUCUUUAUGUUAUUUGUGAAGGAGAUCACUGGUUUCUUUAGAUUUCUUUUACAAUUUGAUCAUCAUUGUUGUUGCUUAUUUGGUAAUAGUAAUUGUUUACUGGGGAAUGUCUGAGCUGGAGAAAUAGAAUUCUAAUCCACCGGCUGCAUUAUUUAAUCUUCGGAAUAGAUGUUCUUCUAAUUUUGACAUGAUACUUUGCACACCUAUCUUGAAUCGUUGUCCUAAUUUUAUUGUUGACUUCAGUAAGUUAAGAGUAUAAUAAGUCAAAGUUGUAUUCUGAAACAUGCAGGCUCAUGAUCAAGUUAAUAGAUCCAAAUCCAAAGUUAGAAUAGUAAUUGUCUUAUAUGAAUUAAAUAUCUAAUCUUAAUCAAGUGUCUGCAUGUUUUGUAAUAUAUGGGUAAUUAACUAGCUUCAAUGCUGGCUCGAACGAAAUCUCCACCACCUGGAGAGGAAAACAAAUCAGUGCCUUAACGUGAAUAAAGUUGUGCAUUGAACAAAAUAAUUUAGGCUACUCCAACAUGUCAAAGCAUCAGUUGCACCAAGCCUGUUUCUCCUUUUCGAAUGCACUAGGCGCAGUUUAAAUAAAUGUAUUUUAGUUUAAAUGUUUUAGUUCUCCCAUCAAUGAACCCAUCUGUCUUUAUUUUCUUUUCACAUUGUUUAUCCAAUUUUUUUGGUUUCGGUGACUGUUGCCAUCCUUUCUUUUGGUAUAUGGAAGGAAUUCCCAAAAUUGAGCAAAAUUGAAUAGACAAGAGAAUGAUUCUAACUCGAAUAAAGAUUAAUCAGAAAAUUGAGAAAAGAGUUCUGAACCUUGUACUCAAGGCUACCCCAAAGGAGCACUCUCCUUUCAAUAGAGCAAAACAGGGUUUAUUUUUAAUCUUUUCAAUUAUUUUGAAACAUGGAGAAAUCUAUUUGCUUAUUAAUCUUUUCAAUUAGUUUUUUUUUUUUUUUGGUUUUUUCUUAUCCACGCUUUCAUAAAUCAAGGGUAUAUGCACAUCAACCAAUGAGAACAACUAUAUGCAACUCCACAUCUGCAAAUUCAAAAGUUUGUUACAAGUUUCUUGUGGGUACCACAUGUAAAUCCAUUCAUGUGGCUUGUUCUUAUUGGUUGAUGGACAUAUACCCUCAAUUUAAGAAAGGGUAGAGUAGGCCUCUAUUACUGUUUAACUUGACUAAU